UGAAGUUGUGGAUGCUUUAAGACGGCGUUCGUACCAGAGUGCCAGCCGCCUAGCCCGAUCAUUGAGGCCUUUUAGGGCUCUGCUAUUCUUCCCGCCCAAUGACGUAAACACUGGCCUUGCUGCUACUGCACACUGGUUGAACUGCUUCUGCUAAUGCUAAAUCGCUGCAAAUUUUUUGAAAAAUCAAAGCAUGGGAGCCGAAGGCUACGAUGAAAGCAUAAGAAAAGUACAAAUUGGAGAAGACAUUGAGGGUGGCCAUGAGGAUUCGGAAGAUUACUUCUUCGACAGGAUCGGCAAGCCUAUUCCGAUCGUCAAAGGGGAUGCCUACCAAUUGCAAUCUCCUCCCUCUCGUCCUCUCGCGGUCUCCGAGCACCACCGCCUCAUCUUCAUUGCCCAUUCUUCAGGGUUUUGUGUUGCCAGGACCAAGGAUGUUAUGGAUGCAGCCGAGGAUAUUAAGGCCAAGGGAACUUCUUCUUCUAUAGAAGAGCUGAGUGUUGUGAAUGUGCCUUUUGAGAAUGUUAACAUUCUUUCUCUCUCUACUGAUUCUUCUACGCUCGCGGUUUCUGUUGCCGCAUUUGUUCAUUUCUUUUCUGUUGAUUCUCUUCUUAAAAAGGACUUGAACCCAACUUUCUCUUGCUCACUGAGUGAAUCAAGUGCUUUUGUCAAGGAUAUGAUAUGGAGAAGGAGAUUAGAAACGUCUUUUCUCGUUCUUUCAAAUCAUGGAAAGCUAUAUCAUGGUGCUCUUGGUGCUCCCCUUAAAGACGUAAUGGAUAAUGUUGAUGCUGUUGAAUGGAGUUUAAAGGGAAAGUAUAUUGCUGUGGCAAGAGAAAAUAUUCUCCACAUUUUGUCAUCUAAAUUCAGGGAAAAAUUACACAUAUCCUUACCGUUAAAGUCGUGGAUUGGAGAUUCUGAAGAGAACUUCUGUGUUAAAGUGGAUUCUAUCAGGUGGGUACGUCCUGAUAGCAUUGUUGUGGGAUGCUUUCAGCAAACUGCAGAUGGAAAGGAGGAAAAUUACCUCAUCCAAGUUAUCAGAAGCAAAAAUGGCAAGAUCACUGAUGCUUUUUCCAAGUCAUCUGUGUUGUCAUUCUAUGAUUUAUUUCCUGGUCUCAUUGACAACAUUGUGCCCCAUGGAAAUGGCCCUUACUUGUUCUUGAGCUAUUUAGGACAAUGGGCGCUUGCAAUUACAGCAAACAGAAAGAAUAUCGAUCAGCACAUUCAAUUACUUCGUUGGUCCGUAGAGGAUGACACAACUGAAACUUCAGUUAUUGAUAUUGAUCGAGAUACUUGGGUCCCGAGGAUUGAACUUCAAGGUAAUGGUGAUGAUAACUUGAUCAUGGGACUUUGUGUUGACAAGGUUUCCCUCUUUGGAAAAGUUAGAGCUGAAGUGGGGCUUGAGCAGAAAGAACUUUCUCCAUAUUGUGUUCUUUUCUGUGUCACACUUGAGGGAAAGCUUGUCAUGUUCUAUGUUGCAAGUGCUACAGAACUUACCAUUCCUCCUGAGGAUUUUGCGCUUUAUGAUGAAGAGGAUUCUUUGUCAGAUAUACCUGCAGAAUGUGCUCAGUCGGAACUUCCUUCUGGAUUAGGGAAACAAACAUCGGAACAGGUAGAUGUAGGUCUUCAACUGAAGAACGAGAGCAAAUGGGAAUCAAAUAUUGGUAAAGUUAGUGAAAUUCCUAGAACCACUGGCCUUAUGCCUUCUGGUAAGGGUGGUAGUUCAAUGGCUUUGCUUGCUACAGAACAAACAUCCUAUAAAGGUACUAUUCCUAAAGGGCGCCAAGUGGAAUCUCUGGUGAACUUUGAGUUUUCUGUAGCUGAUGGCCAAGAAAAUGCUUCUGUCACAAAGCUGCACCAUAGUGUAGAAGGUCAACAAGCACAGAUUUCUGGUCAGCAAAGUGCCAAAGUUGGGCAGUCAUCUUUGAAGAAUUCACCCCUUGACGGGCCUAGUUAUUUUGACAAACAUUCUAGCAAAGCUGAAAGUCAAAAAUUUGUGGAAUUUAGAUCUGAUUCUACUGCUUUAUUAAAUAAAGUUCCUAAAGAUAUCCCCAGCCAAUUAUACGAUAAGGAGUUACAAAAAAGUAAUGACAUGCCUGAGGCUUCACCAGUUGCAAUUAGUUCCACUGGUUUACAAAGUGCCCCAUCGCACUCAUGGUCAAGUGGAAAGGUUAUGUUUUCAGGGGGUUAUGAAAGCAGAUCUGCACUUUUAACUUCUACUUCAAUUCAAGGAAAUAAAUUUGAUAAUACUGGCGUUAGCGUUGAUGCUGGAAUUGUUAGCAGAUCUUCAACCAAUUUACCUGUUAGAUCAAACCAAAAUCUGGGACUGAAGGCUUCUGUGAUAGGGACAAUUCAAUCAUUGCCUUCUAUUCGUAGUUCACAUUUACCAUCUCAAGAAACUUUUGCUUUGGGCAACCAUAGUCCUUAUUCUUCAAAGGAUGCUCAUAAAACACUGUCACUGUCAAAUUCUGAGCCAUACUUAUCAAAACAAUUUGGCAAUAUUAAGGAGAUGACCAAAGAAUUGGAUUCACUUCUGCAUUGUAUUGAAGAACCAGGUGGAUUCAUGGAUGCCUGCACUGUUUCCCAAAGGAGUUCGAUUGAAGCUUUGGAGGGGCACAUGCAAACUCUUUCUGAAAAAUGCAGAGCGUGGAAGAUCAUGAUGGAUGAGCAGCUUGGAGAGAUCAGACAUCUGCUGGAUAAAACUGUGCAAGUUCUGGCGAGAGAAAUAUAUAUUGAUGGUAUCGUCAAGCAAGCCUCUGAUAGUCAAUAUUGGGAUCUAUGGAAUCGCCAAAAGUUGAGUUCUGAACUUGAGCUGAAGAGGCGACAUAUAUUAAAAUUAAAUCAGGUUUUGACCAAUCAGUUAAUUGAAUUGGAGAGGCACUUCAAUACCCUUGAACUUCAUAAGUUUGGUGAAACUGGAGUUCAUGUGAAAUGUCGGAGAGCUUUUCAAAGUAGAUACGGGCCUUCAAGACAAGUUCAGUCCUUGCAUACUUUACAUAAUACAACAUAUUCACAACUAGCAGCUGCUGAACAACUUUCAGAAUGCCUCUCAAAACAAAUGGAUCUGCUGAGCAUAGAAUCACCUGUAAAACAAAAAAAUGUAAAGAAGGAACUAUUUGAAACAAUUGGAAUCACCUACGACCCCACCUUCACCUCUCCAGAUGCAGCAAAAGUUGGCGAUUCUUCUUCAUUGAAGAAACUUUUAAUUUCUUCUGGUUCUGCUGCUAAUAAGUCUCAGUCAAGAAGACGGCAAUCAAGUGCUAUGAACAGCUCUGAUUCAGAAACUGCAAGGAGAAGGAGGGACUCACUGGAUCAGAGCUGGGCGAGGUUUGAGCCCACAAAAACAACUGUAAAGAGGGUACUUUUGCAAGAAAGUCAAAAGACAAGUAUGAAUAAAUCAUCCUUGAUGAAUAUGCAACAACUUGGCCCUUCUUUUGUGGAUAGCUCUACAGUCAGUCACCCGAAGGACCUCACAUCUCCUUCAACCUAUAUGUACUCAUCUGGAAACAAAGGUAUUCAGCAUAUGGUCCCAAAACAGGCCUUGGUUAACAGAUCAACUCCAUCUAAAUGGGUUAAUGACUCUCCUCCACAAUCUCAAUCCACAUCUAAAGCUAUAGGGUUGAGGCCUCCCAUGUUACAAAAUAAUAAUGCUGUGUUGCCUGCAAUUUCUCCAUCCCAAGUGUUGCCUGUGACAACACAACUCCUUGUCAGGGAGAGUAGCAAUAUCACUGCUGAUAGAUUAAACAGUACGGCUUCCUCUGUUGGGAAGUCUGAUUCUGUAUUUAUCAAAGACACCAAGUCUAUUCAGCAAUCUGAAGCUAGCAUACACAAAAAAUCAUCAGUUUCAAUGGAGUUACCUGCACAGACACCAGUGUUAACGAAGAAGUCAAGUGAAAUGAAGGGGACUGUGCUUACAAAUUCAACAACUGAAACUGUGGAUCAUGGACCAAGUAGCACAAAAAGUUACGGUUCUUCAUUUCCUCUUCUCACCACUGCUGUUCCAGCGUCACUCUCUCAUCCUGGAAAAGUUUCCCAGUUCAAUGUUGCAGCUAGUGGGAGCCAACCUAGUGCAAAAACAUCAUUUUCUCAAGCAUCCUCAAUGCCACUUACAGUUUCUUCAUCUCCAAUGAUUAACUCAUCAAAUUUUGCAUCUUCUGCAUCUCCUCCAUCUUCAACUGGACUAUCCUUCUUGGCUGCAAUGCCAUUUGGCACGUCUUCUAUUACUUCUAAAGAUAAUUUUGAUGUUAAACAAACAAUUUCUUUGGCAUCCUUAUCUUCAGUUUCUCCUCCUAGUACUUUAUCGCUUCAGGCUCCCAAGUCACUGUCACCCUCGCACUCUCCACCUCCAGUUUCAGAGUCUUCUAGACCAGAGCUUCGCUCUAGCACCAAACAAAUGUCACCUCCUAUAAAUCCAAGUCAUUCACCUUCAGUAUCGGAAUCUCUUAAAACGGAGGUUCAUCUCCCUACAGGCAAGCUUUCUAUUAGCUCAGCUCUACCUUUAGCAUCAGUCUCUCAUAAACCAGGUCCUGAACCCCCUACAGGCAAAACUUCACCCUUUUCUCCUCCGAUUUCUCCUUUGACAUCAGAGUCUCCUAAAAUACAGUUGCAAACUUCUACAGACAAAUUUAGCUCAAGAACAGCUGUCGAUACUGCUAUAACUGUUCCCCUUACACAGCUUGAUCCUCCUGCAUUUAAUGUGAAGCUUGCACCUCCAGUGUCAUCCGACCCUAUGACUGAAAUUUCAACCCAAUUGGGAUAUGGAAGUCAGUCCAGUCUGAACGUAGCAAAUCCUGUAUCUGGUAUAGAGCUGAAUGUGCAACCUAAGCAGCCAGAUGAUGCGCGUGUUCUUUUUGGGGCGCCACUAGCUUCUGACAAUGUUGCUAGUGGAAAGAAUGCAAAUUUGGAUGUUGCAGUUACCGAAGAGGAUGAAAUGGAGGAAGAGGCUCCUGAGACUAGCCGCGCAAAUGAAAUUAGUUUGGGCAGCCUUGGAGCUUUUGGUCUUGGCUCAACCCCUAGCUCAACAGCUCCUAGAGCAAAUCCGUUCGGUGGUUCAUUUGGAAAUGUGGGAACAAAUCAAGCAAGCUCUGGAUUCAAUAUGACUGUACCUAGUGGUGAACUCUUUCGGCCUGCAUCGUUUAGCUUUCAAUCUCCACAGCCUUCACAACAGCCUUCCCAACCAUCACCACCAACAAAUCUGGGUGCAUUCUCUGGUGGUUUUGGUGCUGGAGCAGUUGGUCAAGCUCCUGGUGGGUUUGGCCAGCCUGCACGAAUCGGAGCAGGACAAGCAGCACUGGGAUCAGUUCUUGGUUCUUUUGGGCAGUCAAGACAAUUUGGUGCUGGUUUACCUAGUGGCUUUGCUAGUGCUAGUUCAAUGGGUGGCUUUUCAAGUGCCGCAGCAGGUGGAGGAUUUGCUGGUGCUGGUUCUACUGGUGUUGGCUUUGCAGGUUUGGCCUCUGGUGGUGGGGGGUUUGCUGGUGCGGCUUCAGGUGCUGGUGGAUUUGGUGGCAUGGCUUCAGCUGGUGGCGGAUUUGCUGUUGCUGGCAGUGGUGGUUUUUCUGGAGCAGGUGGUGGAUUUGGGGCUUUCAAUAAUCAGCAGGGAUCCAGUGGCUUCUCAGCUUUCAGCGGUAAUGCAGGAGGCAACCAACAAGGAACUGGUGGUUUCUCAGCUUUUGGUGGCAAUGCAGGAGGAACUGGAAAACCUCCAGAACUCAUCACACAAAUGAGAAAAUAGGCUUGUUAGUUUUCUUUUCUUUAAUGCUUGCAAAAAUAAAUCAUUGGGUUUUUAAUGAAAAUCAUUUUGCAA